GACACUAUCGCUCAAAAGCCUCUCACUUCUUCCGAGUUGCUUCUCUCUACGCAGGAGUCCGAGAAGCGCGAGACCUACCGCUGGUACUGGUGGUUGGGAAGGAGAUGGGAGGAGCGAUGCCUGGUGUGAGUAUUGGUGCGACACAAGGCGCAGUUGGACAAGCGCAAGCACAACUCAUGCAAUCAAGAGCGACGUCGGAGUAUCUUGACCCUGAAGUACGUCUUCAAUCGCUGAGCUGUAGUCUUCUUCGGCCCAAGAGUAUGACCUUUGGCCUCAGCUGCCUGAGCUUUGGCUCUGGUCUUCUUCUCCUUCUUGAUCCGCUUUCGCUGCUCUUUCACCUGUCGUUUAUGCUCCUCUUCCUCUCGUAUCCUUUCAAAAGCCUUUGUGUAUUCGUGUGCGGCGAGAAAGGCGUGCUCCUCCUUGGACAAGAAAUGGCGGUUCGCAGGACUUGGUGCACCUCCACUAGCUUGAAUAUUGAGUAGGCUAAUAGGAGCAAAGCUCAUGUGCAAUAGACAGUGAGACGCUGUGCUUUUCUACUAUUCAAAAUUUACCGGACGCAAAGGUGUUU